UGCUAAACACCAGUCACCAAACACUCAAGACGACUCAAAGCAUCAUACACACGCCGUUACCACUGAAGAUCAUCUUCAGCGUAGGACUCCAACGUAAAACGAAAACAAAAGAGAAGCGAACUAUAAUGUCUACGAUGCUGAACUUGCUGUUCUUGCUGGCCGCUCUCGAGCCGAUCUGGGCCUAUGCCUCGCCUGAGGAAGGUUAUUUACUGCCGCAAACAUCCGGAGAAGACGAUGACCUCUACCUCUAUGUGGACACUAGGUCGGAGUCGGAACAGAGGUCGAGCGAGCCGAGCAGGAGGAGCACCCUUUACAAGAACUUUGCGCGCUUGGGACGCGGCGAUCUUCCCGCCAAUUACGAAAUGGAAGAAGGAUACGACAGGCCGACUCGCGUUCUCGGUGACAAAUCCGAUCAGUUCAUCCGCUUCGGACGUGGAAACAGCGACUUCUUACGCUUCGGCAGGGACAAAGGACACUUCUUGAGGUUCGGCAGGAGCGGCUCCACCGUCAAGUCCGUGAGGAACAAGCGCUCCGCAAACUUCGAGAAGCGUCCGGAAAGGAACAGCAACUUCCUCCGUUUCGGCCGCAACGACAACUUCAUGAGGUUCGGCCGAGAUCCGGAGGUCGUCUACAACCAGAAGCACAACCAAGUGUUGCAAAUGUUGAUGGACCUCUUGAGAAAGCAGAAGGAACAACAGAAGCAGCAACAACAACAACAAGACGAAGAUAUUCAAGCUUAAACUGGUUUCUCGAAAACAAUUUGUAAUAUAAAAGUAAAUGUAUGGUAAUGUUCUGAUUUUUAUUUAUGAUUAAAC